AUGAAGUCCUCCACCCCCGGACGUUUCCGCCAUCCUUGGUUUGGGGGUGUGACAGAGGGUGUUCUGGAAUUCAGCAUUCCGGAACAAGGGGGAGAAAAAUCCAAGAAGGAUGACUGGAAGACUUCAGCCAAGCACAAUGUCAAAAGUGAGUAUGAUCCUAAAGGCAAAGAAAAGCUUUUCUCUGAAGAACCCAUCAUUGAUCAUAGUGAAGACGAAAAGCCUGAUGAGAUUGAGCUCAAAAGAAGAAAAAAGUACGAGCUCGUUAUCGCUCACCUCAAGUUGAUGAUAGUUUUGUAUAUUCAAGAGGUGGGAAAAAUGGAUGUGGAAAUAGCUGCCGUGCUAAGAAGGAAGCCCUCUAUUCUCCCUAAAGAAUCUCUAGAAGGUUUUGAGAAGUUGAAGCUUGGGAAGAUUUACAGAGAAGGGUGGUAUGUGGUUGACGUGUUCUCAUUUGGCAUUACUAUGUGGGAGAUCCUAACUGGUGAAGAACCUUAUGCAAAUAUGCAUUGUGGGGCAAUCAUAGAGGGGAUCGUGACGGACACCCUUCGGCCUAUUAUACAAGAAAAGCGUGAUCCUGAAUGGAAGAAGCAGAUGGAGCAAUGCUGGUCCGUGAACCCCACUAUCCGACCUUCAUUUACUGAAAUCACAAACCGCUUGCGGGCCAUGUCCAAGGCCCUCCAACAAAAUGGGCCCAAAUAG